AAUAAAUUGAUUAUAUGUAAAUUGUAUAAACUAAAACAUAUUUGGUGUAUGGAGAUUCUGGAUCAGGGAAAUCAACUUUUAUAAAUUCUUUAGGAGGAAUUGAUUAAGAUAAUUAAAAGCCAUAGACUGGAGGACUUGGAGUAGCUGUGACAAUAGAUGCAGGAAGAAUUUAUUAUUGUGAAGAUGAAAUUCUUGGAAAUUUAUAAUUGAUUGAUACAAGAGGAACCUGGGAUCCUGGUUAAAUAAAUAAUGAUUAAAUUCUAUAAAAUUUAGUUAAGACUUUAUUAGACUAUAGUGUACAUUAAAUGAGUUAAUAAGGUAAUACAUUAAAAUACUUUUAUAAGUUAAUCCAUUAUAAUAAUUAGAUGGAAUUCUAUAUAUUCAUAAUAGUUUCAUCGAUAGAUAUGCAAGAGAUACUAGGAUUACAUAAUUAGGAAUUCUAAUAGGUUGUGAUUUACAUUCUUCAACAUUGACAAUUAUGACUAGAUGUAAAGAAAUUUAAAAUACUAAUUUAAAAUACAAUUUUUAUGAGUGGAAUAAGAAAUUGCAUAAAAAUGAAUCAGAAUAUAUUCAUUGGGAUAGUGUUAAUCCUUUAGAUAAUUAGAAAUAGAAAUUAAAAGAAUUAUUAAAUAAUUUAAAACCAAUACCUUUGAGUAAUAUAAAUGAUGCAAACUAAGAGAUUAUAAAAUUAGCAAAAGAAUUAUAAUCUAAAGAUUUGAUUGAAGUUGAGGAACCUCGAAUUAGAACUAUAAUUAAACCUUAUAAAAAAGAAAAAAAUAAGAAAAAAACAACAUAUACUAAUGUUACAUUAACUAUUAAUCCUCCAAAAGGGAUUAUGAAUUAAAUUGGAAGUAAAUUAUAAUAUAUAUAUAUAAUAUUAGCAUGGGUUCCAAUUAAAGUACCAUUUUUAUCAAAUAAUGGAAAUCUUACUACAACUUCAAUAAGAAUUGAUGCAGAUUUCCCUCCAGAUUCAUUACCACCAAAACUCAUUUUAUUUUGUGAUCUUGAUAAAAAUAUUAAUGAAAUAAAAGGAUCAAAUUUAGAUAUUACUAAAUAUGAAUUUAUUAAUAAUGGAGAUUAUUAUGAUGCUAAAUUUUAAUAUAGAUGGAUUAAUCAAUAAAAUGAAGAUGCAGGAAGAAUAGAUCUAAAAAUAAAAAUGAUUAUUUAAUAUAGAUAGAUCAAAUUAAAAUAAAAAGAAGAAAAAGAAGAAUAUUUAGAAAAAGUAUUAAAACCAAGAUAUUCUGAUGAGAAAGUAUAUCUUUAUUUUUAUUAAAUAGCCAUAUAUUUAAUAAGCAAUGGAACAAUAAUUUGAAAAUUUAUAUGAUGCUAUUAAACAGAAUUUUGAAAUAUCAUGA